AUGGGGCACAUUUGUUAUGCUCCCUCACCUGUUGUUGAUCGGGACACCGUGGCUGUUCUCGCGCUGCUGCUAGCAGCGUUCGUCUCGGUGGCUGCUUCGUCGCCGCCGGCGUCGGCUAACCAACCGCAGCAAUCCAGCUUCGCCGUCAACACCCCCGCGAAAAAGCCGAGUCCCGGCGGCGGGGCGGGCUCCGGCGGCCCCGGCAGCUUCGGCGAGUUCAUCGCCGAGAACGUGGAGAGCUACGCCGUGAACAAGCAGAUCUACGCCGCGAAGGUGAAGAACGGCACGGGCAUGUCGGCGGUGGACGCGGAGCUGUCGGCGGCGGAGGCCGGGGCCGUGCGGUGGGUGGUGAGCGCCGACGGCAAGGGCAAGUUCAGGACGAUCAACGAGGCCGUGAAGGCCGUGCCGGAGAAGAACAAGAAGCGGGUCAUCCUCGUCAUCCGGCCGGGCACCUACGUGGAGAAGGUGCUGGUCCCGUACACGAAGCACUUCGUCACGUUCCUGGGCGACCCCAAGUACCCGCCGGUGAUCAUGUGGAACGACACGGCGGCGACCCACGGCAAGGACGGCGCGCCCGUCGGCACCGUCGGCAGCGCCACCGUCGCCAUCGAGUCCGACUACUUCCUGGCCUCCAGCAUCGUCUUCAGGAACCACGCGCCGAUGGCGGCGCCGGGGCAGAAGGGCGGGCAGGCGGUGGCGCUGCGCGUGUUCGGCAGCAAGGCCGCCUUCUACAACUGCACCAUCGACGGCGGGCAGGACACGCUGUACGACCACAAGGGCCUCCACUACUUCAAGGGCUGCCUCAUCCAGGGCAGCGUCGACUUCAUCUUCGGCUUCGGGCGGUCGCUCUACGAGGACUGCGCCAUCGUGUCGGUGACGAAGCAGGUGGCGGUGCUGACGGCGCAGCAGCGGACCAAGAGCAUCGUGGGCGCCAUCGAGAGCGGCUUCUCCUUCCUCCGGUGCCGGAUCUCCGGCGCCGGGCAGAUCUACCUCGGCCGCGCGUGGGGGGACUCGUCGCGGGUGGUCUACUCGUACACCGACAUGGGCAAGGAGGUGGUGCCCGUGGGGUGGGACGGCUGGAACAUCCAGACGCCGGAGCGGAGCGGGAUCUACUACGGCGAGUACAGGUGCUCGGGGCCCGGCGCGCUGGCGCACAAGCGCAUCGGCUGGUCGCUCAUCCUCAACGACGUCCAGGCCAAGCCCUUCACCGGCACGCACUUCGUCUACGGCGACUCGUGGAUCCUGCCGCCGCCCAAGCUGGCCUAA